GGGGCUGUCUGCGGAAGGGGCCGUGCACGUGGGUUCGCUCCGCAGCUGCGAGUUCAUGGCGUCCUGGUGCUCCGAGCCCGACCCGGAGGUCUCCGGAGUCCCCGCCGUCAGGGGAUGCAACGGCUCCUCCGUGUCUGGUGCUCUCUCCUGCUGCGAGGGCUCGGCCCAGAGCUCGGGCCAGCCCAAGGCCCCUACGGUGGCCGAGGGUCCCAGCUCCUGCCUUCGGCGGAACGUGAUCAGCGAGAGGGAGCGCAGGAAGCGGAUCUCGUUGAGCUGUGAGCGUUUGCGGGCCCUGCUGCCCCAGUUUGAUGGCCGGCGAGAGGACAUGGCCUCAGUCCUGGAGAUGUCUGUGCAGUUUCUGCGACUUGCCAGCGCCCUGGGGCCCAGCCAGGAGCAGCAUGCUAUUCUUGCUUCUUCCAAGGAAAUGUGGCACUCAUUGCAGGAGGACGUCUUACAGUUGACGCUGUCGAGUCAGAUUCCAGCAGGCGUGCCAGACUCUGGGACGGGAACGUCUGGCGGGACUCGAACUCCAGAUGUGAAGGCGUUUCUGGAACGUCCUUGGUCCCGGGAUUCGGCAUCGGCCGGCCCAGAGCCCCUGCCCCACGUCCUUGCGUCCUCCAGGCAUUGGGACCCUCCGAGCUGCACGUCCCUGGGCACAGACAAGUGUGAGGUGCUGUCGGGGCUGUGCCAGGUGCGGGGUGGGCCGCCCCCUUUCUCAGAACCUUCCAGCCUGGUGCCGUGGCCCCCAGGCCCGAGUCUUCCUAAGGCUGUGAGGCCACCCCUGUCCUGGCCUCCGUUCUCGCAGCAGCAGACCUUGCCUAUGAUGAGUGGGGAGGCCCCUGGCUGGCUGGGCCAGGCUGGGCCCCUGGCCGUGGGGGCUGUACCUCUGGGGGAGCCAGCUGAGGAGGCCCCCAUGCCUGUGCAGGAGGCCAGGUCUGUGUUGGGGUCUGAUGUGGAGGAUGGGCCGUCCUUCCUGCUGACUGCCGGUCCCAGCUGGUGGCCAGGAUUUAGUGUUGGGGAGUCCCUUCCUGGUUCUUGUCCAACAGGUGUCCUGGGUCUGGGGCCGCCAGGGUCCCUGGAGGGCCGAGGAGGCAGUGGCCCUGCAUGGGCUCCAGCUGAGAGCAGUCCACUGGAUCAGGGAGAGCCAGGCUUCCUAGGGGACCCUGAGCCUGGCUUCCAGGAGCUCCAGGACAGCCCUCUGGAGCCCUGGAGCCUGGAUGUGGACUGUGCAGGCCUGGCCCUGAAAGACGAGGUGGAAAGCAUCUUCCCAGACUUCUUUGCCUGCUAGCGGCCGGGCUGUGGAGAGGGGGCAGGCAGGGCCGGUGGAUCUGGAGCCGCGUGUGUCCCUGUCGCCUGCUUGGGCAUUUUAUUUUGGGUUUGGGUUGCAGCUGCACCCUAAUUUGAGCAAGGCUUACAGGCUGUGACAAGAGAAUACUGAAUAUUAAAGAGAGAAAGCAGUUUUCCUGGAGGAAGCAAAACCCGUGUGGCUUCUGUGUAAUUAGUCCGAUUCAUUGGGCAGAUUGCGCCACCUCCGUUCAGCGUGCAGGCAGCUGCCGGGGAUUUUGUUUUGCAAAGUUCUCAGCACUGCGAAAUCCCAGAAUAACCCAGUCCUGGUGCCCUGGGGUAGGGGCGCUCUGGGUCCUGCUCCCUGGAGGCGAUGUAGCUUCACGGUCUUGCUGCCUAGAGGUUGCUGUGUGAGCUGCUUUUCCUGGUGGCUGCCACUCA